AUGACCGUGCUACACACUGCAGCCAUCAUGCGUCAACAUCUUCUUGUGCAGCAGCAACCAUUGAUGAAGCAACCCGAAAGCAAAGGAAAUGCAGCAACGCCAGAGCCAUCAUCCAUAUUUGACCAGCUUGGUGCAUUACCUCUUCCUGACAGAGAGAUCAAUGACAUUCUCAAUCACCAUGAAACUCUUUCACUUGAUGAUGUGAUCCAACGACUCGAUAAUAUUGUGCGGCAUAUGACAGGAUGGCUCGAAACAGCGCAAAUGGCUGUUUUUACAUUGGAGAUGGAAGCCAAGGACGACAUGAACAAAGACAACAACAUGUCCAAUGAUGCUGGUUCAUUAUUGGAGUUGUCAUUUGGACGUAUUGAGCCAUUCGUGUCCAUAUUGAACGAGAUCAACGACAUUGUCAUUGAUAAGUUGGACGACCAUGAAAGCGAUAACGCUGGCGAUAAGCAACAACAAUCACAACGACAUUAUCAACAAAAAAAGCUUACGACACGAAUGACCAUCAACAAAAUCCAAUCCGAGUGGUCUGGAUUACAGUGUUGUCUUGCAUCCGUGCUUCACCAACUUGAUAAUGCAUUGGCUGAAAAGGAGCUUACAGCGUUGAUGGAGCAUGUAUUACAACAAAUUGAUGAUCUUUUGACGACGAUUUUUCAAGUUCAGGAGAGACGCCAUAUGUACGCCAACAAUGACAUGAACACUCCUUUGCCCCCAACUGCCGAUAAUAUUGAUGCUGCAAGCACAACAACAACUGAAAGUGAUCAAGCUCUUAUCGACAUUGACAAUCGCAUUGAACCUUUGUUCAAUCAAGUGCAGCGUAUCUAUACAGCCAUGACAUCAAAUAACCCACCAGCAGACGCAUCUGGUGUUUUGGGAAGGGUGCAUCACAAGAUUCAACAUCGAUGGGAGGCUUUGCGUACUGAAGUUGAUUAUCUCAAGCAAGAGCUCAAGGAAGAACGAUGGCUCAAUGUGUUUCGACAAGUAGCGGAUCAAGUGGAUGUUAUGAUUGAUGGCCUUGAGAAGACUGUGAGCCAAUGUUAUGAUGUGGUUCAUCAAGCACAGCAAUCGCAUAUUGAACCACCACCAGGAUGUCGACGUGCACCACUCGUUGAUCGAAAAAAAUAUGAGGCCGCUGAAAAGAGCUUUGAAGCCAAGCACAAGUACUAUACGCCAUCCAUUGACAAGAUGCUGGGUAUGUUGCAGGAUGGGAUUGUGGCAAAGAUGCAAGGAGACAAUGCAACCACACGACGAUUUGAUGGGAUGAAGCAGCGUUGGUUAUCACUCAAAGGCACAAUGGAGCGAUUGAUCACCAGGGAUUUACCGGAAACAGGUCGCCUCAUUGUUGUCUCACAUGAUGUGCCUCAUGUGAUGCACAACGACGUAAACAUGGGUGCACGGAUCCUUACAAGACAAGCACGACUUGGAUCUGUGGAUGCUGCAAUGGAUCAUCGAUUACGUAGAAGCAUGUCACCUAGCAGCCGAGAAACUCCGGUUGCUAUGCAACACCAACAACGACGACCUUCAAGUUCAUUGGGACGUGAAGCUGCUCGACUACGACCUAGUGCAUCUGAAUCAUCAUUAUUGAAUCCAUCAGCAAGACGCAAUGGAGGAACAACACGACGUACCAAAACACCGCUACGUAACAACAAUGGCAUUCCACCCUCAGGAGCAGAAUCCAUAUCGAGUGGAGAUUCAUUGUCAACAUCAUCAUCACGUAGAGCUGAUCCAUCAUGGUUAUUGGAGCCACCCAAAAAUAUGCCUGGUAGACGUACACAAAGUGUGGAUCAUGGUGUAUCACCCAAUCGACCAAGAACACCUGUACGUCGUUCCAAAACGCCAUCAUCAUCAGAUUUACGUAAAUCCAGCAGAACACCGAUUACACGACCCAAGAGUAGCAUGAGCCAGCAUCAUGCCAAUGAGGAUGAUUCGUAUCAUAUGACUACCACCAAAACAUCACACACAACACCACCAGCACGUCGUUCCAUGACCCCAUCUUUUAUCCCACGUCCAAAAACACCGACAAGCCGUCAACAGCAACCAAGUCUUAUUCCACGUCCUCAAUCCUCCAUGCUAUUUUGUUCACCUAGUAGCUCUACUGAUGAAACGCUUGUUCAUUCAUCAUCACCUGCACCUGAACGAUCCACAAGUUCACGUAUACGUAAAAAACAUUCGAUGCCAUCUUUACGUACGAGUCGUGCUACACAUGUACCAAAGACAUCAUCCAAGCAACACCAUCAGCAUUCUAGCUCAUACGAUUAUUAUCAUCAUCAUCAUCCUACGGAUAUCUUUGGUAGCAACAACAGCAACAAUAGCAAAAAGCGAGAGAGCGUCUAUCGACCUAAUGCACGGGAUGCAUUGGAUGUGGAGGUAGCUCGUAUUGUGAACGCAUGUCCCAUCCGUAUCAAAUGUCAAAGAGGUCCUUCGAAUGGUCAAUACUAUUUUGGCAAUGAUUUGAAUUUGGGUGGCAGGAAGCUGUACACGUGCAAGUUGAUGAAUUAUGCAGAUCGAGAGACGACACGACGACCUUCCACCACAUGCAGCAAGGAAAACAAGGUGCUUGUACGUGUAGGUGGAGGAUGGCAGGAUCUUGAAAUGUUUUUGUUGGAGCAUUCGAAUCUCAUGGCGGCUACACAAGAUGUCAUUACACGUCCUUACACAAGCAUGGGAUACAGACACCAUCAUUGA